CGCUCCUGAUUCGACAGUGUUGUUUUUCCGGUCUGGAGACUGACGCGAGCGACGCGACAGCUAGGCGCUAUUAGCUUGCUAACAAGCACCAGGCCGGACUGCGAUUGUAUUUCUGUCGGUAAAGGUGGUUAAUGCCUCUUUACGUGAUUUCAGCUUGGAUCGUUAGUUAUUAAGUAAAGUAGCAAUACUUCUCUACAGGCUUACGCCCCCCUCAUUCCACUCCCUGCUGUCUGCGAGAAUGGCACUCAAAUCUGGAGAAGAGCGUUUGAAAGAGAUGGAGGCUGAGAUGGCUCUUUUUGAGCAGGAGGUUCUUGGUGGUCCAGUACCAGUGUCAGGAAGUCCACCUGUGAUGGAGGCUGUACCUGUAGCUCUGGCUGUCCCAGCAGUAUCAGUAGUGCGACCCAUCAUAGGCACCAACACUUAUAGACAGGUCCAGCAGACACUUGAAGCCAGAGCUGCCAGUUUUGUCGGUCCUCCUCCUCCAGCCUUUGUAGGACCAGUCCCCCCAGUACGUCCGCCUCCUCCUCCAAUGAUGAGACCAGCCUUCGUCCCUCACAUCCUGCAGAGACCUGGUGGUCAAAGGAUGCAAGUAAUGCGUGGUCCUCCUUCCCAUGGCAUGAUGGCUCCUCCUCUCCCGCGCCCUCCUCCACCUCCUCCCAUGAUGCUGCCUCCAUCCCUUCAGGGCCAGACACCCCAGGGUGCUCCUCAGCCCAUGCAGCACAUGACCACAACACCUCAGGUUAGUGAUAUGGCCCCCAUGGUUUCAGCCACACCCACCAGACCAGCAGCUCCACCUUCCAUCAAACCAACGCCAUCAAUCAUCCAGGCAGCACCCACCGUAUAUUGUUCCCCUCCUGCCCCAUCUGGACCUAAAAGACCUGACAUCAGAGCACAAAGACAAGCUAGAAUGGAGGAACUGGCAGUGCGAGUUGCAGAGCAGCAGGCAGCAGUGCUGGCAGCAGGUUUGCUAGACAAGAAGGAAAGUGAAGACAACAGCAGUGUCAUUGGACCCAGCAUGCCUGACGCAGAACCCUCCCACACCGAGCCUGCAGAAAGUACUACGGAGGAUAAAAAGAAGGGCAAGGCUGAGAAGGUGAAGAAGUGUAUCCGUACAGCAGCAGGGAUGUGCUGGGAGGACCAGAGUCUACUCGAGUGGGAUUCAGAUGAUUUCCGUAUAUUCUGUGGUGAUCUUGGUAAUGAGGUGAAUGACGAUAUCUUGGCCAGAGCCUUCAGUCGAUACCCCUCCUUUCUCAAAGCUAAGGUGGUGAGAGACAAGCGCACGGGAAAGACCAAAGGCUAUGGCUUUGUCAGCUUUAAAGAUCCUAAUGACUACGUUCGAGCCAUGAGAGAGAUGAACGGGAAAUAUGUGGGUAGCCGACCCAUCAAACUGAGGAAGAGCAUGUGGAAAGACCGCAACAUUGAGGUGGUCCGCAAGAAACAGAGAGAGAAGAAGAAACUGGGGCUUAGAUAAUGUGUGUGUGUGUGUGUGUCUGUGUGUGUGUGUCUGUGCGUGAGCUUGUGUAUGAGUGUUGUGCUCCCCAGUAGACAGGUUUUUAUCCACAGGAAUCAGCUACAUGUAGCUAUUUUUUGUUGGGGCACAGUAAUUCUUAUGUUGACCCCUCUAGUCAGUACAUGUGUUGAGACAAAAUCUAGAGGGAUUCAAAGAAGGUUUUUUUGUUUUGUUUUUCCCCCGAUAAAAUGUUUCAGCAUUUCAAUAUCAAAACUUUGUGUGAUUGUUCCCGUUUACCAAGGCUAUUUUUUCCCUGCCGUGGAAUUAAUAAAGGAUUAUCUUAUCAUAUGA